AUGGAAAAUCUGUUUAAAGAAGGUCGAACAGUAGAUGCUAUGUUGCCCUCUAUGAUAAAUAGCGUAAAUAAUUUGGAAGGUUCCACUUCAAUUUCAUCAAUAUCAAUUGAAGGUGACGAACAUAUAAAUACUGUCCACUCGGAUAUUAAUAAUAUAAACUCAUGUAACACGAUAGGAAUACAAAAAGAAGUGAAUGAUCUUAAUAUUGAAAAUUUCGCAUGGACGAAUCAAACCACCAAGUUACUUUUACAAAAAUAUUAUGAUAGGAAUAGUAAAUUUCGUGACCCUAAUAUUAAAAAAAAAUUGUUAUGGAUGGAGAUUGUAGAGGAAUUUAAAAUUAAAGGUUAUGAUGUUAAUGAAGCUAUUCUAGAUAGCAAAAUGAGAAAUUUAAAACAGUCCUAUGAAAAUAUAAAGAAUAACAAAAAAAAAACAAGUACAGGUCGAUGUCCAAUUACCUGGAAAUGGUACAACACAAUGGAGGAUCUAUUUAAAGAAGAUCAAGCCAUAAACGUAGGUGCUACAUUGUCUUCUAUGAUAAAUAACAUAAAUAAUUUGGAAGGUUUUACUUCAAUUCCACCUACAUCAAUUCCAAAUGAUGAACAUAUAAAUCCUGUCUACUCAGAUAUAGAUAAUAUAAACUUAUGUGAAGCGAUAGGAAUACAAAAAGAAGUGAAUGAUAUUAAUAUUGAAAAUUUUGCAUGGACCAAUCAAACCACCAAAUUACUUUUACAAAAGUAUAAUGAUAGAAAGAGUAAAUUUCGUGAUCCUAAAAUUAAGAAGAAGUUAUUAUGGAUGGAGAUUGUAGAAGAGUUUAAAAUUAAAGGUUAUAAUGUUAAUGAAGCUAUUGUAGAUCGUAAAAUGAGAAAUUUGAAACAGUCGUAUAAAAGUAUAAAGGACAAUAACAAAAAAACUAGUACAGGUCGCAAUCGAAUUACUUGGAAAUGGUAUGACACAAUGGAGGAUCUAUUUAAUGAAGAUCGAACUAUGAAUGUAGGUGCUACAUUGUCCUUUGUAAUAAAUAGUGUAAAUAUUAAAGAAGAUUCUACAUCAAUUUUACCAACAUCACCUGAAGAUGAUGUACAUAUAGAUACUAUUCAUGCAAGUAUUGAUAAUAUAAAUUCAUGUGAAACAAUAGGAAUACAGAAAGAAGCGAAUGAUAUGAAUAUUGAAAAUUUUGCAUGGACGAAUCAAACCACCAAAUUACUUUUACAAAAAUAUAAUGAUAGGAAGAGUAAAUUUCGUGACCCUAAAAUUAAAAAAAAGUUAUUAUGGAUGGAAAUUGUAGAGGAAUUUAAAAUUAAAGGUUAUAAUGUUAAUGGUGCUAUUCUAGACCGCAAAAUGAGAAAUUUAAAACAGUCAUAUAAAAGUAUAAGAGAUAAAAAGAAAACAAGCACAGGUCACUCUCGAAUUACUUGGAAAUGGUAUGACACAAUGGAUGAUCUAUUUAAAGAAGAUCAAACCAUAAACGUAGGUGUUACGUUAUCCUCCAUGAUAAAUAGUAUAAUUAAUCAAGAAGGUUCCACUUCAAUUCCAUCAACAUCAAUUGAAGAUGAUGAACAUAUAAAUACUGUCUAUUCGGAUACUAAUGCUGCACAGUCCAAAAUGACAGAAAAUUUUACAGAAAAUAGAACUUCAAUAAGUCCUGUUCCCGAUAUCCUAUCAAAGCGACAUCCUUUCAAGAACUUAAAAGAAAAAGCUACUGAAUCAAGAGCACUAUAUAAUAUACGUAAAAUGAUGUUAGUGGGUGAAGAAAGAAGAGUAGAUGCAAUUAAUAAAUUAAGUGAAAAAAUUGAAGAACAUAACAAAAUUCAACGAGAAAGAAAUGAUAUUUUGAAAUGUUUAAUUUCUUUACAAAAGAAUGUACGUAAAAAAUGAUCAGUAAAAUAUAGAAUAUAUAAGCAUAUACAAAUAUAGAUAUAAUAUAAAAAUAACAAUUUCUAAUUUUCUAAAAUAUAGAAAAAUAUAAGGAUAUAUAAAUAUAGAUAUAACAGAUAAAAUGAAAUAGAAUAUAAAUGAUAAGGAUAAAUAAAUAAGAUGUAUUUUGAUUUAUUUAGUUUGAUUUAAUUUAAUUUAACCUAGAUUCGCUCAACAAUUCGCCUACGCUUUUCAACGGCUUUUAUAAUUACAUUAUAAUUUGAUAUUGAUCUGCAUUUGUUCUUUUUGGUGUUAUUUUUUUUAUAUUUUUAUACGACUGUUUUAAAUUCCUCAUUUUGUUGUCUAAGAUAGCUUCAUUUACACUGUAACCUUUAAUUUUUAAUUCCCCUACAAUCUCCAUAACCAUUUUUUAAUUUUAGAGUUAUAAAAUUUAUUCUUCCUAUCAUUAUAUUUUUAUAAAUGUAACUUGGUAAUUUGAUUAGUCUAGACAAAAUUUUUAAUACUAAGAUCUGUAUCAUACAUAAAUAUUAAUUACAUAUAUUACAUGUAUCUUUAGUAAUUUUUUUAGAUCAGUGAUACCAUGCAAUUAUUUUCACGAAUUUAUAUUACUUCUAAUUGAAGAACUAUUCAUUUAUAUAUAAUGAAAUAUUAAUUAUAUACAUACAAAAGUAUUAAUUUAUAUAAAUAAUAAAGUUUUAAUUAUGUAUUUCUACUGAAAAUAUAAAAAAUUGUAACAUUGAAAAUUAAAAAAAAAAGUACAUGUAUUAAACACACACAUAUAUAAAAUUUUAGUUUUAAAAUAUAACAUGUGUUUUAUUUGUUGUGUUGUAAUAAUAUAAUUGACAUUAUUAUACGUAUAUAUAAUUUAAUAGUUAUCUGUUUGAUCUAUUUUAUUAGGUUAUAUUCUUGCUGCCUCUUUUUUGAACAGAGGAAAGAAAGUAAUUAAUCCAAUCUUUUUACUAUAUGCAAACAAAAUUUGUGGAAAUAUAAAUAGACUCUAAUGAGUAAUAUAUUGAACUAUAAAAGCAUAGAAAAGAUUAUUUAACAGAAAAACAAUCAAUAUUAAGAACUUUAAAUCUAUUCCAGGACAAGAAAAUUUUUAUAAUGUGGGAGAAUAAAAGAUACUCUGAUAUUGAGAUUUACAUUUUUUAUUUUUUAUUUUGAUAGAUAUCUUACUGUUCAUUUUAAAGAUGUAAGAGGAGAUACAUAUAAUGUGAUUUUGGAUUUAUUUAGAAAUGUUAUAUUUGAUUUAUUUUUGUAACUACAAUAUCUAAAAAAAUAGUCAAAUAUUAGUAGAGGAUUAUAAUUGAGGAAUAAGUGUUUCCUAAAUGCAUUUAUAUUCACCAUAUGAAAUGAUCUGCUUUAAAAUUCAUAUCUGAAAUUUUCUAAAUAAAAUUUAAUAUAUAUGUUCAUAGGUAACUUCUAAUGUACUGUACAGUAAAUUACUUUCCAAUCAUGUGAAGCAUAUUAUCCUUGUAAUAACACCUUACAUGGAUUUUGAGUAGAUAUGCCCUGAUUGUUAAAUAUAUUUAAGUGAUAAUGUUAGAUAGUAUUUCUUUAUAAAUAAGUUUCUUUUAAAGUAUAUUUUAAAUUUUAAAUAGAUAUGCCAUAAAACGUUUAGGAUUAGCUUGUGUCGAAUAAAAACACAUUGAGUCUAAUGACUUCUUGGAGAGCAAAAUAACCAGCUAUAAAAACUAAAUAUAUGUAUUUUAUAAAGUUGCAAGGAACUAUAAUGUUAAUUAUAACACUUUGAAGAGAAGAGUAAAUAAUAAAAAUAUUGAUUCCACAAAAAACAAAAAAUAAUAAAUGAAUUCUGAUGGAUUCUUUUUUUCAGAAAAAUAAGAAAAAGAUAAUUUAAAUGUUAUGAGUGUGUUCGAUUGAUCCAUGAGGUGUGCUCUUGCUGCGAAGAAGAUGACUUUAGAUGACAUUAUCUGUAAUAAUUGUCAUCACAGAUAAUUUAUUGUAUUUUAUCGAACAUGUAAUAAUUUGUCUUCAAUACUUUACCUAAGAAUGAACAUCAACCAAAAAGUAGUCAUUUUAUUUGGCUUUCCCCUACAUACAUACACACCCACACACAAAAUAUAUAGUUUUGACUCAUGUUGUAAAAAAAGAAGCUAUGUACCUGUAAUGAUAAGAUAGUGCAUAGAAAAAAUUUAUUUGAAUUGGCGAACAAAAAAAUUUAAUUUUAAAUUAAUAAAA